AUGUCUGUCACGGCGAUUUGCAAUAUAAGCAUGGUGGCACUGAUGCUGCUGCCAGUGAUCUAUUUUCUCCAUGCCCUUUACUGCUUAUUUUUCCAUCCCCUGCGUAAAUAUCCGGGUCCAUGGCACUGGGCCAUUAGCGAUCUUCCCCGCAUCUAUUGCGUCAUGCAAGGAACAUACGUCAAAUAUAGUCACGACUUGCAUCUCAAAUACGGCGACGUGGUGCGAGUUGGUCCGAACGAACUGUCCUACACUGAUGGACAAGCUUGGAAAGAUAUCUAUAACCGUCAUCGGGGCACCUUUUUGAAAGAUCCUGACUUUUUCGGAGAAGCUCCCAACGGUGUCGUGCACGUUGCUUCAGCCAAUGGUGCCACCCAUGCCAGAAUGCGAAGGAUAUUGCUGCGCGGCUUCUCAGCGCGCGCCCUCCGCGAGCAAGAGGACCUUCUCUUGAGACACGUCAACCACAUGAUGUCGGCAAUCCGAAACCUCAUAGCGCAAAACGGCUCGGUAGCAACGUUCAAUCUGGUCGACAUGCUCAACUUCACCACCUUUGAUUUACAGGCCGACAUGACGUUCGGUGAAUCGCUCCAUCUGCUGGACAACCAAACAUACGUGCCUUGGGUCAGAGCAAGCAUGACGGGAAUCAAAUUCAUGGCCAUUCGGUGUGUCUUAAGGAAGCUGGCCCUGAUCGGACGAGCCGUGGAGCUCUUGACAGCGACGCGGAAGAAGCUGAUGGAACAUUUCCAAUUCUCCGCCGACAUGGUCGAUCGCCGGUUAGCUCGCACUGACAGCACCAACCCGGAUAUUUGGCGCUUUGUGUUGCAGGAGAAAGAGGAUGUGCGACUGACAGUUCCAGAGAUGCAUUCCAAUGCGUUUGCUCUCAUGAUGGCCGGUAGCGAAACCACCGCAACCGUGCUCAGUGGCCUAGUCUAUUUUCUCCUGCGGGAGCCGUUGGCGAUGAAGCGCCUGGUGGGUGAGAUCCGCGAUGCUUUCGCCAGCGAAGAUGAAAUCACUCCGACAGCUGUGACCAGAUUGGAGUACCUUGAUGCGUGCAUCCUGGAGUCGAUGCGCCUCUACCCUGCUGCAGCUGUGGGGCUUCCGAGGCUCGUGCCAUCAGGCGGAGUGAAUAUCUGCAACGAUAUGAUUCCAGGCGGGACAAUGGUGUACGUCAGUAACUAUGCCGCCAACCGGUCCCCUCACAACUUCAGUCGACCUGAGGAAUACCGUCCUGAGCGGUGGCUGGGCUUGGAUGCCGCCUUCGAGGGAGACCACAAGGACGCCUUCCAGCCGUUUUCCAUGGGACCGCAAAACUGUCUUGGGCAGAAUCUCGCGUGGCAUGAAAUGCGACUCAUUAUGUCCAAGCUGCUGUGGCAUUUCGAUAUAAAAGACACCAAGAUGAAUGAAGGCUGGACCGACCAAAAGACAUUCAUCGUGUGGGAGAAGAAGCCUCUGAUGGUUCACAUGUCGCUGAGGUCGACUUAG